AUGAAAGCAACAAAAUGGUUUAAAGGAAUUCAUAAAUUCAUAUAUCAUAGGAUCGUCUUGACUGAUACCUUGGACAAUUGCGUGUAUCCGGUAGGUGUGAUCAACUGCUACUUUGCGAGGAUUCCCGUGACCGAAACUGUAUUAGACCCUCUGCGCUCUGCUUUCACGUACUAUAAGUCAAUGGGCACUGUAAAAGAGACGUCUGCCUCCCUACCUACCGAAGAGCCAGAAGUCAACAUAUCUAGUUCUCUCACCAAAACCAAGGAUGCUUUAUAUUCUGCUAUAAGAGUCAGCCCAGGCAUGACAGAUAACCAGACAGCUGUACCAAGAAGUGAAUCCAAAAGAUCAACUCUAGGAACCACAACAACUACUGAAACUGCAUCUGAUUCAACAACAGUAACAGUCCCCGAUGGUAAGCCUUCUUCACAGUCUUCAAAAAUUGGAUCAGCAGUGCGUACUUCAGUCGGCAAAGAUGUUUUAGCAAACGUUACAACUACACUAAAGGCAACAACUCUCUCAGCAGCUAAUGUUCCGUCCAACGUCCCUGGCAUUUCUAAUUAUGGUGUUGCGGAAAACACAACAGUUACAUCAACCACAACGACUGUACCAUCAACUGCCCCUACUUCAGCUAUAACAACCGCUGUGGCAAAUGCAGAUGCUUCAGAAAGAAUAACUGGUCCCAAAACUGAAUCGCCAGUUGAUAAAACGAUUACAUCUAUGGAAACUACAAUCACACUUUUACAUCCGUCCUCAACGACGGCGGUUGUUCCAACGAAUUUGCAACGACAGCGUGCAGCCUUAUAUCAUCCUGAGUCUUCCAGGUGGUGCGCUAUUUAUGCUAAUAGAGACAAGCGCAUCAGACCUCUAGUCAAGAAUCAUUUCUAG